AUGUGUGUAUCUAUAUAAAGAGCUAGCUCAGCUGUAAUGGAGAAACCAGAAACAGUCCAAUUAUGCAAACGAUGGCCAUCUUUUCUACAUCAAUGGCUGCUAUGCUCCUUCUUCUAGGGCUCUUCGCUGCAAACUUGGAUCCUACUGCUGCACAGAUUGGUGUUUGCUAUGGGAUGCUUGGCAACAAUCUCCCAAAUUCAUGGGAAGUCAUUCAACUUUACAAAUCAAACAACAUCCGGCGAUUGAGGCUCUACGAUCCAAAUCAACAAGCAUUACAAGCUCUUAGAGGCUCCAACAUUGAAGUAAUGUUAGGUGUUCCAAAUGAUCAACUUCAAAACCUCGCUGACCCUUCCAAAGCACGAUCAUGGGUUCAAUCAAAUGUUGUAGCUUACUGGCCGAGUGUUCGGUUCCGAUACAUUGCUGUCGGGAAUGAAAUCCCUCCUUCAUCUUGGUUAGCUCAAUUCGUUUUGCCCGCCUUAGUGAAUGUAUUCAACGCGGUUCGAUCGGCCGGUUUGGAGAGUCAAAUCAAGGUCUCAAUCGCCAUUGAUAUGACCUUGAUCGGUGUCUCGUAUCCUCCAUCGGCUGGUGCGUUUCGUGGGGACGUUAGGUCGUAUUUGGACCCUAUCAUAGGCCACUUAGCAUGGGCUAGAACACCCUUGCUUGCCAACAUUUACACUUACUUCAGCUAUUCAGGCAAUCCAAGGGAUAUCUCACUUCCAUAUGCUCUUUUCACAUCCCCUUCACCUGUUGUAUGGGAUCAAGGACGUGGAUACCAAAACCUAUUCGAUGCAAUGUUGGAUUCAUUAUACUCGGCUCUCGAGAAAGCCGGACAGGGAGGGCUCGAAGUUGUGGUAUCAGAAAGUGGAUGGCCUUCAGCCGGUGGGUUCGGGACAUCGAUUGAUAACGCGGCCACUUAUCUAUCGAACUUAGUAAGACAUGUCCAAGGAGGUACCCCAAAGAGGCCAGGAAAAGCCAUAGAGACAUAUUUGUUUGCUUUAUUUGAUGAAAACUCGAAACCAGGUCCUGAAUUAGAGAGACACUUUGGGUUGUUUUCACCAAACAAGCAACCAAAAUAUCAGCUUCAUUUUGGUGGAGGAAGGCAUUGGGAUAUUGCUUCUGAGGAAUAUAAUGGAACUUUUCCUCUUAAGUCUGAUAUGUAAAAUCUACCAAGCUUGAGAAAUUUGGUCUUUUUAUUGGGUUUUCGUUUUUAUUUUCCUAUGUGUUUUUGUCUUAAAUAAGAGAAAAUCCCAUGGUGUUAAUUUGAUAUAAUUUUUAUUAUCAAAA